CUUCCCGGCCACCAUUGACGUCAAUAUGGCUGCCUCCAGGGAAAACAAGGCUAACGUGAAAAGUCCAGACCCUAACUCUUUCGUCGCAUGGAUCUUAGCGCAGAGUUCAAGAGGUGGAAGGCGCAGUGUCUGAGCAAAGCGGACCUCAGCCGGAAGGGCAGUGUGGACGAGGACGUGUUAGAGAUUGUGCAGCUCCUAAAUGGGCAAGAACAGUUUUUCACCACCAGUUCCUGCGCUGGCCGAAUCAUCCUCCUAGACGGGAGUGUAAAUGGUUCUGAGGUUCAGAAACAAAACUGUUGCUGGCUACUGGUUACACACAAAGCCUGUGUGAAAGAUGAUGUGAUUGCGGCCCUGCAGAAAGCGAAGGGCGAUGCCAUUUUGAAAUUCGAGCCACUUGUUCUUCACGUGCAGUGUCGACAGUUGCAGGAUGCACAGAUUCUGCAUUCAGUGGCAGUAGAUUCUGGCUUCAGGAACUCCGGCAUAACUGUGGGAAAGAGAGGAAAGACCAUGCUGGCUGUCCGGAGCACACAUGGCUUAGAAGUUCCUUUAAGCCAUCAAGGAAAACUGAUGGUGACAGAGGAAUAUAUCAACUUCCUAUUAAAGAUAGCAAAUCAAAAAAUGGAAGAAAACAAGAAGAGAAUUGAAAGGUUUUACCACUGCCUACAACAUGCUUUGGAAAAAGAAACUGUUUCUACAACUUCACAAUCUAAAGAAAAAGUUAAUACAUCAUAUAUUCGUAAAAAAAAAAGGAACCCAGAAAAAGCAAGUGGCAAACAUGUUACUGAAGAACAUGAUAAAGAACUUGAAAAUAAUGACCAUGUUGAUCCAGGAAUCAGUGUUACUAUCUUCCCUGAAGAUUACUGAGAUUUGGUUCCAAAAUGUCUUGGUAGAAUGAUGUUUCUAAUAGAUAUUAUAAAGCCGCUCUUAAUAAGAGUUUGUUGAGUGUAUCAGACUUUCAGAAAAGCAAGAUUUAACUUUUCUCUAUAUUUUAGGGAAACUCUUAACUUUUAAAAACAACUGUGUAUAAUAUUUACUCUUAUAUACUAUCUUUUUAAAUCGCAUAGUCAUUGCAAAAAUAAAAUUAUGAUUUUUUUAAUGCC